AUGUUCCGCAAAGACUUAGCUCAAGGAUUAAAAAAUGAUUUUAAAACACACGACAAAUACGUCGUGCACUGGGAUGGAAAAAUACUACAGGACAUUACUGGAUCUAAAUCCGUCGAUCGGCUUCCAAUCCUCCUUACAGCAUUUGGUAUUGAACAAUUACUUGGAGUGCCAAAAAUGGACUCUGGAACUGCAGAGAAUCAAACAUCGGCUAUUUUAAGGACUUUGAAUGAAUGGAGUCUUACUCGCUAUAUUAAAGCGAUGUGUUUUGACACAACUAAUGUUAAUACAGGUAUUCACCGUGGAACAUGUGUUGAAAUUGAAAAAGCUCUGGGAAGAGAAUUAAUUUACUUACCAUGUCGCCAUCAUAUCUAUGAAAUCAUUUUACGAAGUGCGUUUGAAGUAUAUUGGCCGGUAUCGUCAGGACCAAACGUACCAAUAUUCGGACGAUUUAAAAAAGAAUGGGACAAAAUAGAUAAGACCAAAUAUAAAGCUGGUAUUGAAGAUACUAUUGUCGCUGAUACUCUUUCAAAUAAAAAAAAUGAAAUAUCUAGUUUCAUUAAAAAAUGUUUGCAAUUAAAACAAGCACGAGAUGAUUACAAAGAUUUCCUGGAACUGUCACUUGUUUUUCUCGGAGAAAUUCCUCAAGAUCAAGUUUAUUUUAAAUACCCUGGUGCAGUACAUCAUGCGAGAUGGAUGGCGAAGGCCAUUUAUUGCUUAAAAAUAUUCAUUUUUAGAAAUGAAUUUGUACUGACUCCCAAAGAAUUGAAUAGUCUGCGGCAAAUUUGUAUUUUUAUAGUCAUGGUUUAUUUAAAUGCUUGGUUUUCAACGACUUCUGCGACUACAGCUGCUAACCAUGAUUUAGAAUUCUUAAAAAAACUUAUUGAGUACAAAGAAAUAAAUGCUUCAAUAUCUUCCGCGACUUGCCACAAAAUGACUCUUCAUUUGUGGUAUUUAAAUGAUGAACUUGCCAUUUUAUCAUUGUUCGAUGAAACCGUUCCACUUGAAAUGAAAAAAAAAAAUUGUCAAAGCUGUAAAAACUCGUGA